AUGCCUGGCUUUGCGGAUUCGUUCUGGACACCCGAUUAUGCUACGGGUCUCGGGGUCCUGUACGGAAAGCUGCAGCAAGGCGUGGUGGAAAACAAACAGAUUCUGUAUAUUGCCGCUAUGCGGGCAGAGGCGGAGGAGCAAUAUGGAUCUAAGAUGGGAGAUAUUGCGCCGAAUGUGGACCGGCUGACGGCCACGGGUUUCGGUAAAGAUGAUGGUGCAAGUGUCAGAAAGGCAUACGAGGGUGUUCGCACUGAGAUGAUCGAGGCCUCUCGGAAUCACCAGAAAAUCGCCAACAACAUUCGCGAACUUGUCGUGGCUCCUUUCCGUCGUUGGAGCGAUCAGCAUGAGUAUCGUGUUCAGGCAUCCCAUGAUAAUCUUCAAGGGAGAAUUAAGGAACACGCCAAGCAGGUUGAGGUGGUUAAGAAGCUUCGCAGCCAUUACUUCAACAAGUGCCGAGUGGUAGAAGACCUGGAAGAGGAGAAUAAGCUGGCUUUCCAAGACCCCGAGUCUAGCCCCAAGAACAAGCCAACACCGAAGAUUGUGCUUCCCGCCGAAGAGGAGCCGGAGGAGGAGGAGCCCGUUGAACUGGGCGACCGCGUCUUCCCACCAGAGGAUGUUAAGAAGCUCUUGUUCCACAUGCUGAACACCAUCAGACUUGGUGAGGUUAAGGUGCCUAUCAUUGGCACAUAUUCGAACGUUUCAUCCGGUGCCGAAAUUACGGAGUACAUUCAAAAACAUAUGGAUGCGCCUACUCUUGCGCAGGCAGAACGCAUUGGGCAAGACCUGGUUGAUUGUGGUUUCUUGCGUCUGGUUGGAAAUAUGGGUAGUAAUUUCGCUAAUAGCUCGAAGAUGAGCUACCAGUGGCGUUCUAGGGUUUUCCAGCUCACUGGUAUUCCCGAGAAAAAGAAGCCUCUUAUGCGAGUUGCUUCGCAGGCUUCCAGCGAAGAAGGAAGCGAGUCGCCUAUCUCAUCAGUCACAGAAAUGAUUGAUCGCUGGAAUCCACUCAACAAUCCUUAUCCGAAUGAAACCCCAGCAGAGAAACUACGCAGAGAGGCUCUGGAGGCGGAUGAGCGCUACAAGGCGGCUAUUCGCAAGCUUGAUCAGGUUCGUUGCCGUUUAGAGGAGGACGUUAUUGACAAUCUGCGCUUUAUGGAGCAGUGCGAGUUGGACCGCCUUAAGGCUAUUAAGGCUGUUGUGCUCGACUUCUCUGGUGCUAUCAGUAACGUCAUUCCUAACCUCCAAAGUACUGUCGAUCAUAUGAUGUUGUACCAGGAGACGAUUCAGCCCUUGGGAGAUCUCAGGUAUCUGCUGGAGAACUACCGGACUGGUGGCUUUAUCCCCCGUGUACAAGCCUAUGAAAACUACUAUGGUUCCGUUGAGGAACAAAACUUUGGUGUUGACCUCGAGGCCAGGGCUCGAGUGGACCGCAAACGUGUCCCAAUCCUCGUGACCACUAUCCUGACCUACCUGGACAAUCGCUACCCUGAACUCGAGGGUGACGAAGCUCGUCGCGGAAUCUGGCUACACAACCCCAAGUUGGCCCACACCCAUCAGCUUCGUAGCGCUUUGAACAACAGCAAAGUGGAUUAUCGUGAAAUUCUUCCCAAAUUUGAGAUACCCACCGUUGCUAGCGUUUUGAAAUUAUAUCUUCUCGAAUUGCCAGACUCUCUUGUUUCUUCGCAAGUUUACGAAAUUGUCAAGACAAUCUACUCGACAACCGCUCACGAGACCACGGAAGAGGGACGAAUCAAGGUCCUACAAAGUACUCUUGGACAACUUCGUCUUGUUAACAUUGCCACGCUUGAUGCCAUCAUGACUCACUUCACACGUUUGAUCGAUUUGACUUCUGCCGAUGAACAAUUUAUUACCUCUCUCGCACAGGUGCUGUCUCCAUGCAUUCUCCGCCCCCGCACCGAGAACAGUCUCACCAUGGACGAGCGCCACAGUUACCGCCUGCUCCGCGACUUGUUCGACCACAAGGACUCCAUCUUCGGAGAACUGAAGCGUCAAUCCAGCGCUCUGGGAAUUUCAUCAACCAGCCGCCCAAGAGCAAUCAGUACCGAUGAAAGCAACCGCCGCGCAGCCAUGGAGGCUCGCCAGCGCGCAAUCGUUAACCGCAGCCGUGCUACCAGUCCUUCAACCCGUCAACGACACCGUCGUGACCGCUCAAGCGGUGCAUCCGAGACGGGCCGAUUCCCAAUAAACGUAGCCAGCCCUGCAGACCGCCGAGCCGCAGGCCGUGGCGCUAGUCUCGACGUGCCAACUAACAACGGCUCCCCCGACGGCCACGAACACCCUCCAACCGUGAAUGUGAAUACUCACAUCACCGACAUUGCAGCUAAUGGCACCACCGAGUCUCCCGCUUCAGUGGCAAUCUCCAGUGCCACCCUCUCAGAUGGUUCUAAUAGCCCUCCCCCUCCCCCAGAGACAGUCUCAGACGGCUCUCCUACCCCAACACCCACUCCAGCCGCCACGUCUACCGAGUUUGAAAAGCGUGCAUCUAUCCCCCGCUCCGUUGGUGGUCGGUAUAACCGCAAGCCCGGUCUUGGAAGUAUCUCCAGCUUCCAAAGUGGAGGCGGUACCGAAAGCAAUCGCAGCAGCGUCGUCAUCGAAAGCGAGCCCAAGGGCGUGACUCUGGAAGACAAGCCCAUGGAUGAUUAA